UCUUUAAGAAGCACCGGUGCAGCAGACGCAGUCGCCUCAUUUCAUCUCCGGGCUCCAUGGCUGCAGGAUGGACUCUCAUCACUCUCAUCAGCACCAUCUCUUCUUCCUGUUGCCACCGGGGACUCCAUCAAGUCUGGCGGGAACCGAGGCUUCUCUACGAUGCACAACUUCCACCUGCCCAAAUGCUGUGAGGGCUCCUAGCGUCCCUCUCUAGAAGACAGCAGUGGAGCUGUUGGAGGUCCCGCACACAUCAAUGUCUCUCACUCCGAGUCGAAAGCCAUCCUCAGGUCAGCGCAGGCGCUCGGUGGGCACUGGUGGUGGCGGUGUGCGAUAUUCCCACAGCGAUACAUCCAGUACCCACACCUACCCCGGUCGGGUUAGGGCACCAGAGGGCAGCCCCACAGCCCGGACGUAUCCUACCACACCCAGGCGUCAGGCAAAGCACACAGCCUGCAGUGACAACCAUGGGAUCAGGCCCCCGACCCCGGAGCAGUACCUCACCCCUCUGCAACAGAAGGAGGUGUGUAUACGACAUCUCCGAGCCAGACUGAGGGACAAUGUGGAAAGACUGCAACACAGAGACUAUGAGAUAGAUGAGUUGAGGACCCAACUGUACAGGAUGCAGGAAGACUGGAUAGAAGAGGAGUGUCACCGUGUGGAGGCCCAGUUAGCCCUGAAAGAGGCCCGCAAGGAGAUCCAGCACCUUCAGGGGGUGGUUGAGACAGUGAGGUCCAACCUGAGUGUCCGUGAACAAGACCCCCACGAUGACCACAAGCCAUACUCAGGGUUGCAGCCCGCUCGGCCGGGGGGCAAGUCUCGCUCCUGCGGCUGUUCCCCAGCCAACACGUUGGGUCGCAGCGCCGCCCACAACCGACUGAGCAGCGAGGCUCUGCAGCUGGAGCGCAGCCCCAACGCUCCUCCUGAGUCGAGCAGAGCGUCUCGCCCAGCAGGACAGACCCAUCUGCUCCUGGAGGCGGCCCUCCUAACGGAGCAGCAGCCGCCGCAGGGCCACAUGCGAGGCCCCCCGACUGUGCCGCGCUCUUCCACCUACGAAAGGCUGUGCAGUGGGGGGGCGGUGUUGCCAAUCUCACACUCCUGCCACACUCUCAGUAGCGGCUGCAAGUGCAGUGGGCACGCCUACCUCCCUCAUCAUCAUUUGUUCCUGCAUUUACCUCAGGAGGAGGCCCCCCCAGUUACAACAGACACUGCUUCAGUCCCUGCUACUGAUCCUAUCCCUAUCCCUACUCCUACUCCUACUCCUGCAGCAGAGAAGAAGCCAGCAGUGCGCUCCCAGGCCUGCAGCCCGACCAUGACCUGGCUGUGCGAGGAAAGCGGCGUCGAAGAGCUGAGUAUCAUUUCUUUAGCCACAACAGACAUCACUCCCUCAGAACCACAUCUGUUUCCAUCGUCUUUACCAGCUGCGCUCCCUCCGGAGCAUCCAUACCGCGUAGAGCCGCUACCAUCCGACAAACCAGAGGAGGUGACAAAGACGUCAGCAGAACCACACACCUGCCAGCCCCAUCCUAUAGCUCCCCUCCCAGAGAGGCAGGACGCCGUAGCGGUGCAGAUAGAAGAGGACGAUGAGGAUGAAGGUGCCAACGAAGACGGGUACUCCCCUCAGCCCUGCCACUGGAGCCGCUACUUUCUCGUAGAUCUGUUGGCCCUGGCGAUGCCGGUUGUCCCGACCAUGGCGUGGCUGUGUCGAGGGGCGCCGCGGGAGGUCCUGCCGAUGUAUCACAUCGGCUCCCUGCUGAGAGGCUGCUGCGCCGUGGCCCUCCACUCGCUUCGCCGCAGGGGUGCCGUCAGGGGACGCAGGCCCACCAACAUGAACGGAACAACACCAAUCUGAGACUGAAGAAUACAACUCCCAACCUCUGCAGGCAACAGCAAUGCUGACCAUAUUACUGCAGUGGUUCUCAACCAUGGGUCUGGGGACCCCCAGGGGUCCUUCAGGGAGUUCCAGGGGGUCUUUAGAAAAAUGGGAAAUGCAUUUUUUUUUUUUUUUUCACUAUUUAAUUCCCUAUAGAAGUGAGCCCAAUGUGAGUAAGAGUCAAAAGAUUGACUAUUCUUAUCAUAGGUUUCAAAGGUUAUCUCCUCAACUAUAGUUUACAACUACAGUAGAGAAAUCUGGUCAUCAUAUGUAACAAUCAAAAUCUUUUCAGAUGGAGGUCUGUGAAACAAAAUCUUGUUGUAUUGGUUUAGGGGUCCUUGACAGGAAAAAUGUUGAGAACCACUGGAUUACAGUUUGGUCAUUGCCGCGCCUUGGAGAUCUCCUCUUUUACAUAAAGCCCUUGUGAUUUCGUGGUCAUGCCUUGCCUUAGAGAACAAAGGAUUAGUCGUACAUUAUUUCAUCACUCACAUUAUACUUACUGCUACUGCCUGCAGUUUAAGUGGUUUUUCUCUUUAUUGGAAUUUGCAUGUAGCCCAAAGUUUGGUUGGGUUCUCCUGCUUGAAUUUAAAAGCCCCUAUACUGGAUUUAGAUGAUAUCGUCUGGGCAGACAUUCAGUUUAUUUUAUGACAAAAAGAAGAAAAAGAGAAAUUGUCUGAAGUUGAAUGCUCCUCUGUUUUCAUCAUCACGUUUUUAAAAAAUGUUAUAAGGGAACAGGAGUCACAGUCAUGAAAUCUGUUUG